AAAAGACCGUUAUACCCUUAUAUUUACUUAAUUUUAUCUUAUCAUGACGAUCGUCACCACCGGCACCGUCGUAACCGCUACGGACAAUAGGAGACCUAACCAGUUUGUUUUUAACAAGAUUUAAACUUAUGUAUAGAGUAAUUAUAAGUUGGCAUUUCUGAAAAUGGGACUGAAUUUAGAAAAAGAAAAAGUUUUGGACCAAAUAUGCACAUCGAAUAAUAGUUGAGGGGGAAAUUUUGUAAUUAAUUUAUUGUAAUGCAACAAACACUAGGAAUAAUUUGCAAUUAGUUUAAGUUUUAUUGGGUUUUGUUUUUGAUAAAGAGACAAGGCACCAAGAGAAAGAGAGAGUCAAUGAUGAUAUAAAUGCUGAGAAUUGAAGCGUUUGAUACGUUCAUCUUUGAUUCAACAGCUUGACUCCUAAUUUGGGUGAUUUCUGAAGAACAAUCACCAAUCAUCAUCAGUUUGGUGAUCAUACAACCAGGUGGUGCCGUGGCAGAGAAGUGGUGACAAGUAGCUUAGGGCACCCGGAUUUCGAUUUCAAACUAGUGCAAAUGGAUCAGAAUGCUGCUAUGGAAGAGGGAAAGGUUAUGAAAUAUGGCCUUGAGUUCGUGAGAUCAGUGUCGGAUAAGCACCUGGAUCUUUUGAGGCCCUCGGCCCGCUGUUUCUCCUUGUUUAAGGGGAAUACAACAAAUAAUGACAACAACGAGAAAGACAGGUAUUCCCUUAUUAGGGAUGCCGAUGACUUCCAACGAGGGAUUUACGACAAACCUCUUCCUUGCUUUGGCUGUGGAGUCGGAUGGUUUUCGUUCCUACUAGGACUUGCAUUCCCAUUGAUGUGGUACUAUGCUACAUUUCUCUAUUUCGGAAACUACUACCAAAGAGAUCCUAGGGAACGAGCAGGUCUCGCUGCUUCUGCAAUCGCUGCAAUGGGGUUUUCUGUUGUGUUGUUGAUCAUAGCAGCAAUCCUACUUUUUUAGGUAGGCUGCACAUUUUGAUCCUGUAUAGAUCCUAAUCUUCUUGAACAAAACCCUAAAAUUGUAGCUUUUCAAGUUAUAAUGCUUAUAUCUAUAUCUGUAUGUACACCUUUUGUUA